UUCCGGUUGGAGACGUGGCUCGAGGCCGCCAUCUUGGCAGGAGGCGAAGCGGCCGGCGCUCCUGUCAGGGGGGCAGCAGGUUCUGAGCGGCGGGUGCUCCCCUUCCUCCCACCCCAGCCGGAGUCGCAGUGGAGCUGGAGCGCGGGAGCGCCUCACCACCGCCCUCACCAUGGUGUUGUUGGCAGCAGCGGUCUGCACGAAAGCAGGAAAGGCUAUUGUUUCUCGACAAUUUGUAGAGAUGACCCGAACUCGGAUUGAGGGCUUGUUAGCAGCUUUUCCAAAGCUCAUGAACACUGGAAAACAACAUACAUUUGUUGAAACAGAGAGCGUCAGAUAUGUUUACCAACCUAUGGAGAAACUGUACAUGGUACUGAUCACUACCAAAAACAGCAAUAUCUUAGAAGAUCUGGAGACUCUAAGGCUCUUUUCAAGAGUGAUUCCUGAAUAUUGCCGAGCCUUGGAAGAGAAUGAAAUAUCUGAGCACUGUUUUGAUUUGAUUUUUGCAUUUGAUGAAAUUGUUGCCCUCGGAUACCGGGAGAAUGUUAACCUGGCACAGAUCAGAACUUUCACAGAAAUGGAUUCUCAUGAGGAGAAGGUGUUCAGAGCAGUGAGAGAGACUCAAGAACGUGAAGCCAAGGCUGAGAUGCGGCGUAAAGCAAAGGAGUUACAACAGGCCCGAAGAGAUGCAGAAAGACAGGGCAAAAAAGCACCAGGAUUUGGGGGAUUUGGAAGCUCCACAGUAUCUGGAAGCAGCACAGCUGCUAUGAUCACAGAGACCAUCAUUGAAACUGAUAAACCAAAAGUGGCACCUGCACCAGCCAGGCCUUCAGGCCCUAGCAAAGCUUUGAAACUGGGAGCCAAAGGAAAGGAAGUAGAUAACUUUGUGGACAAAUUGAAAUCUGAAGGUGAAACUAUCAUGUCCUCCAAUAUGGGCAAGCGUACCUCUGAUGCAACCAAAGUGCAUGCUCCUCCCAUUAAUAUGGAAAGUGUGCACAUGAAGAUUGAGGAAAAGAUCACACUAACCUGUGGGCGAGAUGGAGGAUUACAGAAUAUGGAGUUGCACGGCAUGAUCAUGCUUAGGAUCUCAGAUGAUAAAUUUGGCCGAAUUCGACUUCAUGUGGAAAAUGAAGAUAAGAAAGGGGUGCAACUACAGACCCAUCCAAAUGUGGAUAAAAAACUUUUCACUGCAGAAUCUCUCAUUGGCUUGAAGAAUCCAGAGAAGUCAUUUCCAGUCAACAGUGAUGUAGGAGUGCUAAAGUGGAGACUACAAACCACAGAGGAAUCUUUUAUUCCACUGACAAUCAAUUGCUGGCCCUCGGAAAGUGGAAAUGGUUGUGAUGUCAACAUAGAAUAUGAACUGCAAGAAGAUAAUUUAGAACUGAAUGAUGUGAUUAUCACCAUCCCACUCCCAUCUGGUGUUGGUGCACCGGUGAUUGGCGAAAUUGAUGGCGAGUAUCGACAUGACAGUCGACGAAAUACUUUGGAGUGGUGCCUGCCAGUGAUUGAUGCCAAAAAUAAGAGCGGCAGCCUUGAGUUCAGCAUUGCUGGGCAGCCCAACGAUUUCUUCCCUGUUCAAGUCUCCUUCGUCUCCAAAAAAAAUUACUGUAACAUACAGGUUACCAAAGUGACCCAGGUAGAUGGAAACAGCCCUGUAAGGUUUUCCACAGAGACCACUUUCCUAGUGGAUAAGUAUGAAAUUCUGUAAUACCAAGAAGAAGGAACCGAAAAGGAACAUUUUCAAAUUAAUAAAGAAGAAGCCAACAGUGGCUGAAGUUUUUUCCAAAUCUACAAGCCAUUGGAGACCCUUUUUUUCAAAUACAGUGCACGAUUCUCUGAGCGCAAAGGACCCUCAACUCAUCCCCAGUGUUUCAGUGUCACAGAGACAUUCUUUGGCAAAGAAAUGACACAAAACAUAAAAGGAAAGGCUGCUGAUUUCUUUGGCAGAUUUUACUGGCCAGCAGGAUAGCAAGCUCUCCAGAGACUGCCCCCAGUUAAAAACUUUCUCUGCCUUCUCCUGAGUUGCUCUUUUAUUUUAAUCUCUAAAUGUAUUUCAUAGUUUGUUUUUUAAAAGUUUUCUCUGUGGAAGAUUUUAAUCUUUCAUACUCUUUUCUUUUACCUUCAUUUUUUUUCUUUCCGUAUAUCCAAUCAAGCACUGGACUCAUCUGCAAAUAGGUAUUGCAUUUGGCACUCCAGGAACAGGUUGAGCUAAUCCGUUUUUGAUUUUUGGACUAUACAGCUGAACUAUUUGAGGAGUAUGGGAUCUAGAAGUUAAAAGCUUAGGCUGUCUAGUGUCUUUUUCCUAUAUCUGUUCAUCCCUCCAUUCCUUUGCCAAGCUGUCUUUCUUUCAGGCCUGUCCCUCCAGAUUAGAACACUACUGUGAAUCCCAUUUGUGUCCAUAUUAACAGACAGCUGAGAAGCACUUUUCAACUAUUUGGGAGGAAAAUGGUCACAUUCAGUUAGGGAUUUCACACCCAUAGGUAAUCAUGUCUGUGGCUGGUGCUCCCCAGUCUUCCAUUCUCCAUAUUUUGGGUACUUCGGCAAAAGCAUGAAGCUCAUGGUCUUAAUAAUCCAUUCCUUCCCUGAGAUUCACCACCUCCCUCUUCCUGGAUGUUCUCUAUGUCAUCAGUUUUCUCCUUUCUGUCAGAGAUGAGGUUAUAAUAUUGGCCCUAAAGUGUCAAGGAGACUCCAUUUUUUUGCCACCAGGUUUUUAGCAUUUCAACAUGCAGCUGAUUAUAUUGCUAUGUAGGGAUUACUGAUACAUACUCCAUUUAACCUUCUAGCCUGCCCAACAUUUUUUCAGCAGCCUGUCUAUCCCUGUCUCUGAAAUCCUUCCUUUUUUUGCCCUAAGGCUUUUCUGUCAAGUGUCGUCAUAUAGUGGUUGUUUCUCAACUCCAUCUUAUUCAUUACUUUUUUUCAGUGAAGAAGACAUCAGCCAGCCCAUCAUUGGCUUUUAACCCAGUAUUGGACUGGUGGUUGGUGGAGUAGCUGUCAGGCUGCAGCCACAGGCCAGGGGAAGAGACAGGUGACUGUAGAUGAUCUCCUGCACUUUCAGCAGGUUAGAGGGAACCACUCCUACUCUGAGUGACAUCUGGCCUUCCCUGCAAAGAGUGUACUUACUGUACUUGAAGCAAAGCAGUCACAUACAAAUGACCAUGGAUGGAAUUGUUUGCCAAAGAAAUUUUUGGCCUUUCCCUUUCCCUUAACUGCAUCAGGGAAGAAUACUUACUUAUCUCUAGCUUGGUUUCCACAUAAGGUUUUUUUGAGGAAGGGGACUGGGACAAGAAAUCUGUCAUGUAGUUAAGUAGGUAAGAAAUCUUAUUAAUUCAGUUUUGUUUGAGAGUUGCUUGUCCAUAUGAUUUUUUAAAAGUGAAGGUUUCACAAAAACUUUUUUUUCUGAAAUUGUUUUUGGGGUAAUAUUUAAAAUGAGAGACAUUUUGUAACCCUGUAAAAUACAUAGGGAAUAUAACAUUCCAGUGUACACAAAGAAGGCAAAUUCUUUAAUCAAAUAAAGAAUAUUAUAAAGUGAAUGUUUUUCAGA